AUGCUGAGGAAAGAGAGAAAUCUAAGCUAUGUGCCUCUGCAGAUGAACAGCAAAAUAAAGUCGAGGAUUCAGAAAACUUUGACACCUCCAACUCAAAUGUUCAGUCAGGCAAUUCAGUUCCACAAUCAUUACCAUCAUCUAACCAGUCUUCACCAUCACCCUCAUCUUCUGUAACCCAAAAACCUAAGUUAUCUCCAAAACCUGUGUUACCCCCCCUGCGGUCACACUCUAGCUUAAGUCAGGGCAAACACAGCCCUAGAGAUGCAUCUCAUAGUAAUAGCUCAACAGAAGCUAAAGCUCCUGUUGCCAUCCAUCGCCAAACCUCAACCACUGGUCUGUUGUCUGCCGUUAAGCUGUCCAGUUUAGGCGAGCUUCCGGCCAGAAGCAGUGGCCACUCGACCCCCACGUCAGACGAGCUAGAGGACGAGGUCUUUAAACCCAGCAGGGCUUGCAGCAAACAGCAGGCUCAGGAUGGACACUCUGAACCCAAGUUUAAACGUUUGGAGAAUUUACCAGAGGCGGCGUCCUUUUCGUUUUCAGACGAGCAAGAUAACGUCAACAAACAGGUGUCAUAAUAGGUGCACCACGGGUUGAUAGGUGCACCAAAAGUUGAGUGGUGUACCAAGUGUUGAUAGGUGCACCAAGUACUGAUAGGUGCACCAAAAGUUGAUAGGUGCACCAACUGUUGAUAGGUGCACCACGUGUCUAUAGGUGCACCAAAAGUUGAUAGGUGCACCAAGUGUUGAUAUGUGCACCAACUGUUGAUAGGUGAACCGAGUGUUGAUAGGUGCACCACGUGUUGAUUGAUGCACCAAAAGUUGAUAGGUGCAUCACAUGUUGAUAGGUGCACAUAUUUGUGCAACGUGUGUAGGUAGACCAAGUGCACUCACAAAGAUGACUCUGCUUUGUUUACAUCACAUUUAAUAAAGCUGAUUUGUCGUAGUGCUACAGAAUUAAUUAUAACUAAGGGUAUGACUACCGGCCCAAAACGGUGUCAUUAAACAUUUGUAAAUAUUUUAACUGUGAUCUUUUAAUGUCAUUUUCUCUUUUAAAUGUAACAUUAAAAAAUGUGAUCAAACAUAUAGGCUAUCUACUUUUCUCAUAACACGAACAACGUGUCUAAAACCUGCGAGUUUUUGUUUAGUUUUGAAAUGAGCCGCUUCAGGUUUUCUUGUUACAUCCACAUGUAGGCCUAUUCGUCUGUUAGAUCUAUGUAAGGCCUACUACAGCUGUGUACUACAAAAGCUUAACGAGUCUUCGAGCCUAAAUGUACUGCACAAGGUUUUUGGUUCAUUCUUGAUCGUAUUGUGCUAUGCUGUAUUUCCUGUUUACAAUACGUCUUUGGUUUGAUAGCAGAGUUUUU